CCUUCCAUCCGAUUGGUUAAGAGUCAAAGCACUCCUCGCUCCAUUGGCUGGUGGUUGCGUCAAUAUAUCUACGUUCCUAAAGCAUCGCCCCUGAGCAAAAAGAUAUUGUGCGGCUUUACUGACUGUGACAGGAAUGUCCUUCCCUGGCGCCUUAGAUGCUUACGGGUAAUACAUCUACAAUCAGACAUUGGACCAGUGUGCAGUACAAGCUCAGGAGUGGAUGUCGACAGAUCGUUCCUCAGCAUGCCCUGAGCUGGCUGAUCUCAGACCAGAGACGAGACCUUGUUUAGGGUAAAUGUGAAGGAGCUUCGGAGAGUUGUGGCCUGAAGGCAUUUCAAUUUCUGAGAUGUCAUUCAAACGAGCAGAAGGGAUGUCCAUCGCUCAGGCUUUGGCCAUGACUGUAGCUGAGAUACCGGUGUUUCUCUAUUCCACAUUUGGGCAGUCCAUAUUUUCUCAGCUAAAGCUUACUCCAAACUUGAAGAAGGUGCUUUUUGCCACAGCACUGGGCAGUGUAGCUCUGGCUCUCACCGCUCAUCAGCUGAAAAGGCGGGGGAGAAAAAGGAAGCAGGUAACACAAGGGAAGGAGGGCCAGAAGACAGUGGGAAUACCUGCGGCGCUGAUAAGGACAGGAAGACCCUCAUCAUUAAAGAGAGGCCCGUUUACUGGCCGACAGAUGAUUAGUCCCAGUGCUCGGAGCAAUGACACCAUGAGUGGAAUUUCUUCCCUGGCCCCCAGUAAACACUCAAGUUCCUCACACAGCCUGGCAUCUACGCGGGUCCCAAACUCUCCAAAUCAAUCUGCCAAUCCAUCCACCCCCUGGGAAGCGGAGCCUGUGGUGGAAGAGUCAGGAGCAAUAGAGGAUGCUAAUGCAGAGAAUCUCUAUAUGAUGGGAAUGGAGCUGUUUGAGGAAGCUCUACGAAAGUGGGAACAGGCGCUGAAUAUUCGGCCUCACACAGACUCGACCUCCAGCAACAACAGCCUUGCUCUGCAAGGGGCAGCGUGUGGAGACUUUUCUAUGGUUGAAACCCGUAAUAAAGGUUUUGCUGAGAAGUUGGAGACACUACUGCACAGGGCAUACCACCUACAAGAGGACUUUGGCAGCAGUAUUCCAACAGACAGCGUGCUGGCAGACUUUGUCAGAGUUUGUGGUGUUCCUUUGGCAGAGAGUGAAGGGACUCUUAUCUUACCUCAAGUGGAGAGUUUCUACAGACUGCAAGAUGAUGAUGCGACAACUGUUACCUCUGACCAAUCCUUCUUCUCGGCUGCAGAGCUGUUUGAUGCCAUGUCUUUAGAAGAUGUCUACCAGCCACUAAAACCAGCCGCUCUCUAUGAAGAAGCCUUGUCUCUGGUCCGGGAGGGCAAAGUGUCCUAUAGGUCUCUGAGAACUGAAUUACUUGAAUGUUUUGGUGACCAGGACUUCCUUGCCAAACUUGAAUGUGUGAGACAAGCAUUCCAGCUCCUGUUGCUAGAUGAAACUCACCGCACAUUUUUCAUGGAGACCGGGAAGCAAAUGAUUGUAGGGUUGAUGGUGAAGGCAAACAAGAGUCCCAAAGCCUUCCUGGAGAGCUAUGAGGACAUGUUGCUUUACACUAAGAGAGAGGAAACGUGGCCCGUCACUAAGAUGGAGCUGGAGGGCCGAGGCGUGGUGUGUAUGAACUUUUUCGACAUUGUGUUGGACUUCAUCCUGAUGGACGCAUUUGAAGACCUGGAGAACCCUCCCUCCUCUGUUGUAGCUGUGUUGAGGAACCGCUGGCUCUCUGACAGCUUUAAAGAGACGGCUCUGGCAACUGCUUGCUGGUCUGUCCUAAAAGCGAAAAGGCGUCUUCUUAUGGUUCCUGAUGGUUUUAUCUCCCACUUCUAUGCCAUAUCAGAACAUGUGAGCCCAGUUUUAGCUUUUGGGUUUUUGGGCCCUAGACAGCACCUAAGUGAAGUUUGCACUAUUUUCAAGCAACAAAUCGUGCAGUACCUGAAGGAUAUGUUUGAUCAUGACAAGGUGCGCUUCACCUCUGCUCAGUGCUUGGCUGAGGACAUCCUGAGCCUUUCCCACCGCCGGAGUGAGAUUUUACUGGGGUAUCUGGGAAUCAAUAACCUGGAGCUUAAUGGUGCCCCGUCCAGAGCCACAGAGGGCCCUUCCGGGCCAAUCUAAGACAACUGGGCUCACUAAGGGCUUCACUGGGCUUUUACAGGCCGAUUGCACUGGGCUGACCAGUAAGAAAUGGCAGGCACUCGCAGCUCAACACUCAUUAUGUAACUACAUUAAGAUUGGAUAGAAUCAUGCUCCUGUGAUACACUGAGAACCAGCAUCAUUCACUGAUUUGUGUCCAUCAAACACAACUUACUGUGAGAGGAUAUAUUUUCACCAGAUUUACAGUAUCAAUGGUACUGAGGGAGACCAGUUGGAUAAUAUGAUUCCAUCUCUCGUUUGUCAUCAGCUGCUGUGUUGCGUAUCAAGAAUGCCUACUGUAGUCAUGUAAUCUCAGACGUGUGAGGACUUGUCUUUUGCCUUGUUUGGUGACAUGGAUACUUUCUAAAAACACACCUAAAUGAAGCGCUCCCAACACAUGAAGACUGGGCCUUUUACUCUAUUAAUUCACAUCGAUCGAGUCUCUUUGGAGAACCAGUGGUUGCAUUGUGACCUUCCAUUCAUCUGACUUCUGGGAUAUCAUAGUCUUCAAUAUUAUGUGAAAAGAAAUGUUGCGAGAGACUGUCGCCAAAUGUGCGUUUGUAUCUUUUAUAUUAAAGGGGGAAGGAUAUUUGUUGAAA